AUACUUUCACCGCUCACUACGAGACUUCCAUGCUUACAUUGUUCCUGUGCCACAAACUGAGCACAGUCAGGCAGCGUGAGAGCAGAACGACCUGUGCUGCUGGCUGAGCUCUCUCCUGCUGUUCCUCCCACUGUGAAGCUGGAUGGCCAGUGAAGGUGCUGCAGUAGAUUACAGAUUUGCUCUUGCCUCGUGCUAUGGCUCUACAUGGCCUCAGCAGGACCACAACACAAUAACCUGGGCCCCAGACAGGAGGAGAGCCUUGUCCUCAGGACAGACACCCUUCCAGCAGAACGACCGCGACAACGCCGAGUGUGGUGCCUUGCCCCUCAGCAGCAGGCGAAACCCAUCUGGACUUUGGAGGGGCAGCAUGUGAAUGCCCACCAGGAUCUCGGCCCGCCGCCCUCAGGGAUCCCUUUGCAACAAUCAUGCUUCUUGUACCCGCCAGCACCGUGCCCGUCGCAUCCCAUUGAAAGCUCCCAGCCCUGCCCGGAGCUGUGUGGGAGCGCACUGCUCUACCAGCGCUCCUGCCUGAGAGCCAAACCCUACCGCUUUCCUUUCCGGAGCCCCCAGGACACCACCCCUGCCUCAGGAAGGGCAAUGUCUUCUUUGCUGAUGGAGCCCUGCCUGCCACCAGUGCUGCCUGAGGAGCAUGCGGGGUCUGGGCUGAAAGGCUCUGCUCUCAGCUUAGGCUCAGCUUGCCCUCAGCAGGCUUCCAGCUCCUGCAGACCAGUGCUCCACAGCAAUUCCUUCCUACAGCCAAGCAAUGCUAAAGUGCCUUUGCUGCAGUCACCAGAAAUGAAGAAGCUGAAGAACACCGACAGUUUUCCCACCAUCUCAUGGCCACACUCCAGGGCUGAUGGAGACUGCUUUCCCCGCAGCUCUGCAGUGCAAAGCAGUGACUGGGAACAAACCUCUGUCUCCUCCCUGACCCUUGUGCCCAGCAGUGUGACCCUCAGGAAUGAGCGCUGCUCUUGGCCACUGGGAGACAUUGAGAGGAAAGCACACAGCUUGUGUGAGGCAGAGCCCAAGAUCAGCCUCACAGCAGCUGUGCAGCAACUGGUCGGACAGACUGCCACCUGCAAUGGCUUCAGACAUGAAGUUAAAAGCUCUGGCCUUAGGAAUGCAGGUGGCUUGUCCAGCAGGGACAGAUCAGGGCAUCGCAUCAUAGCACACCUCACUCCAGAGGAAACCAUUGCUCCCCCAAACUUGGAGAUGGGCAGCCAUCAUCUUAAUGGUAACUCAAGCCUUAUAGGCACUGAUGGUGCCGUUGUCUGCACUAAACGGAUCAGUGUUCAUCUCCUGGCCUCUCGUGCCAGCUCUCCUGACCGCAGCUCCAACUGCCGGCUCAUGAACACGCUGCCCCUGCAUGGCAGUGAGCAGGGAACCAGAGCAGAGCCUCAGCAGCUUGCUGCCAUCUCUGAAGUGGCCGCUCAGAUGUCCAGCAUCCAGCUGGAGAAAAAGAAGUGUGCCCACGCAGUGCUCCCAGAAAAGCCUGAUGGUGCUGCUGGGGAGUCACUGCUGGAGCUGAGCCAUCCCCAGGACGAUGUGGAGGAAGAACUUCCUGGUGGCCUGGAUGAGAGCUGCAGUCUGGAGGAAGAAGAGAACAGUGACUCGGAUGCUUCCUCUGUCACUGGCAUGUCGUCUAAUGACUCUGUGGCUCUUGUAUCCAGGAAAUGCCUCGAGUGCCUGGCCCAGCCCACUGAGGAUCAGGAGAAAGUGCUCAAACCUGCUCUUGUCUGCAGUUUAUUCCCUAACGUGCCUCCAACCAUCUACUUCAGUACUCGCGAUGAGAGAGUGGAAAAGCUGCCUUGGGAGCAGAGGAAGCUGCUGCGAUGGAAAAUGUGCACGGUCACGCCGAAUAUUGUGAAGCAAACCAUUAGCAGAUCUCACUUCAGAGUCAGCAAAAAAAGCAAUGACUGGCUGGGUUGUUGGGGCCACCACAUGAAGUCGCCCGGCUUCAGAGCCAUCAGGGAGCACCAGAAGCUAAACCACUUCCCUGGUUCAUUUCAAAUUGGAAGAAAGGACCGUCUGUGGCGCAACCUGUUGAAGAUGCAGACUCGUUGUGGGAAGAAGGAGUUUAAUUUCUUCCCCCAGUCCUUCAUCCUGCCCCAAGACAUCAAAUUACUCAGGAAAGCGUGGGAGGAAGGAGCUAGCCGCCAGAAAUGGAUUGUGAAACCACCAGCAUCAGCAAGGGGCAUUGGCAUCCAGGUUAUCCACAAAUGGAGCCAACUACCCAAAAGGAGGCCACUGCUGGUACAGAGAUAUCUGCACAAACCCUACCUCAUUGAUGGGAGAAAAUUCGACCUGAGGAUUUAUGUGUAUGUCACUUGUUACGAUCCCCUCAGGGUCUACCUGUUCAAGGAUGGAUUGGUUCGCUUCGCUAGCUGCAAGUACUCCUCCUCAAUGAAGAGCCUCAGCAACAAGUUUGUGCACUUGACCAAUUACAGCGUGAACAAGAAGAACACUGAGUACAAGUCCAACUUGGAUGAGACUGCUUGCCAGGGACACAAGUGGGCGCUCAAAGCUCUCUGGAAUUACUUGACCCAGAAGGGAGUUAACAGCGAGGCCAUCUGGGAGAAGAUUAAGGACAUCGUUAUCAAAACCAUAAUUGCAUCUGAGCCAUAUGUGAACAGCCUUGUGAAGAUGUACGUGCGGCGGCCGUACUGUUGCCAUGAGCUUUUUGGGUUUGAUAUCAUGCUGGAUGAAAACCUCAAGCCCUGGAUCUUAGAGGUCAACAUUUCCCCAAGCCUUCACUCCAACUCUCCUCUGGAUGUGAGCAUCAAGGGCCAGAUGAUCCGGGACCUGCUUAACCUUGCUGGCUUUGUUCUGCCCAGCACGGACAGCGUAGCCUCAAGGCCUCAGACUGGAACUGAUUUCACCUGCAGUCAGGGCAGUGCUUUGAAGGAGAAGCCCAGACCAGCCUCUGAGUGUUUCACAGCAGAGAAGUUGAAGAAGGCCUAUUACUUGACACAGAAGAUACCUGACCAGGAUUUUUAUUCUUCUGUCUUGGACAUCCUGACCCCGGAUGAUGUUCGCAUCCUGGUGGAAACAGAGGAUGAGUAUUCCCGGCGUGGGCAGUUUGAGCGGGUGUUUCCCACCCACAUCUCCAUGCGCUACCUGCGCUUCUUUGAGCAGCCCCGCUACUUCAACAUCCUGGUGACCCAGUGGGAGCUCAAGUACUACUUGAAUAAACACAAAGGUCUGGAGCUACUGAAGAAAUGGUGUGUCAAAGGCUACCACACUGGGACAGGGACGGAUUUGGCCCAGAUGUGGUCGUUGCCAAAGUCCUUCUUCCUCCAGAAAAGCAGUGUUCAAUCAAAUGGCUUCAGCAAACUGGAACUGGACAGGCUGGGCAACCUCCUCUCACCAAACAGCAGAGACCUUGUGAGAUGCCUGGAGCCCAACCCUGCUCAGAGCUUACCUCUCAACAAAUGCACUGCUGGAGCUGACCAGAAACCUGGUGGCUGCCUCUCAGACACUGCCCUGGUGCUGUGAGCAGGCAGCUGCCUUCCCUCCCUGGGGACACCUCAACCUACCUCAAAGGAAGAGAGAGAAGCUGGCUCUGGAGCACAAGUACAAGUCCUGUGAAGCUCCCUGCACUGCACACUUGUCAGUGGGCUGUUCCUGGAGAGAGCUUUGUGACUCAGUUUUUAAAACAAAUGGCAAAACCUGGCCAAUUUGGGUUUGUGGCUGUUGUUCAAGCCUGAUGUGGUGAUGGUUUCCUUGUGUAGGAUCUGACGGAGUUGGGCAUCGACUUCCUCUCUCCUUCCCUCACCAGUAUGGGUUGAACCCCUCCUUGCCUGUGUCGCUUUGCACUAACCCUGAGCUCCAGAGAGCCAGCAAAGUUGGCUGCUCCCCUCUCACUGCAGGCCAAGACAGGGGAGGGCCAGCUACUACUCUGCUCUUCUGGAAGGAGCAGGGCUUGGGCCUUCCAGCCCAUGGGUUUUUAUCCUAUCUGAGUACUUGUGCCCACAUCCUCUGGUUUCUGCCCACUGCUGCCCCAAGCCCUGGCCUGGCUCCCAGCUGCAGUGGGGCUGAGGAGGGGGCAGCCCCUUGCUGCUGUUGGCUCUGUGGUACCCUGCAGCGUGCACAAUGGGGACUGCAGAUGGGUGCUACUCUCCUGCUCUCUAUUUUUCCCUUCAUUUCUCAAGAAUUUCCAUUAAACUUUUGCACAUGGCUGUUCUUGUGCCCUCUCUGUCUCAUCACACCUGGUGGCCCCUUCCGUGGUGAGGGUACAUUGGGUGCUUGGCUGGAGUGCCCCGUGGCUGAGGCUUGCAGAAAGCCCUUCCCUCUGCUUUCCCUGCAGCCCCCCAUGCCCGCAGCAGGCCCUGUUUUCUGGUCUCCUUGGUGACAAUCUCAUCGCUCCUCGGCUUCUCUCCAGCACCUGAAAAUAGCCACCGAAAGUGGAGAUGCCUGCUGCCAGCACCGCCGUCGUGGCCAGGCUGGAGUCAGGCUGCCCCGCUUGGGGCUGGACACUUACAUCUGCAGGCCAGUAUCACACGGUAGUGAGGCAGCCUGGGGGAACCCUUGUGUCACCCCAACACCGCUGGCUCGUGCCCAGCCCUCAUACCUCCUCUUUUUCUCCCUGCCUUUGGGUAAUGCCUUUGCUAUAGCUCUCAGUGUAGUUCUCUCUGCUCCUCGCAACCCAUACAACGUGCAUGGGGGUGCUUGUGGCCGCCCCUGCAUCCCAUGGGUAUUUUGGGAAGCUGUCGGCUGUGAUUUAAAACCAUCUGCCUGGCACCUAUGUGGGGGCCUACAGCCCUGCUCCCUUCUUUGACCAGGGUCCAGCUGUCUCCUAGGGUGAGCUGGAGCCACCCUGUCCCUAUGGCCGGCCAUGGGUCCGCUCGCCCACGGCCACUCUGGGUCUGGCCCGGCAGUGGGCCAGGCGAUAUUUGAACCUUCCUGAAAUAGAAGUGGAGCUGGGAGCAAGCAUGGAGUGGGAGGGGGUAGACCAGUGGGGUAAAGGAAGAGGUUUUGGGGCUGGGGACUUGAGAUCUGGGGGCUGGGAAUAGGUUGGAUGGCAGCAGGACCCCAGGAUGGGCCAUGGCAUGGGGACAGAGUGCCCAGCCAAGCUGUCCCUGUGUCCCACACUGUGCUGGCUGCCAUUGGGGCCACCUAUCCAACAUCCUGCGGUACGUGUGGUGCUGUACCCCUGCUCCUGCUGCAGCAGCCACAUCCUGGUGGUGGUGAGUCGUGCUCUGGAUAAAAAAGGUUGGUGGGCUGGGGAUAGCUUUUCCUCCUCUGGCUAUCCAUCCAUCCCCUGUGUCCUCAGGUGCAGCAGGUGCUGCAGGCUGAGAUGAAGGAGUGACGCUAAGAGUGCUGCCUGGUGGCAGUGCCCCCCCCCUUCCCCCCGUUGGAGGGGGCAUGGCUGGCAUUGCUGAGUGACACCCUAUCUGCCAGGCCCCAGCCAGCCGCGGGCCCAGAAUAGCAGCGCUGCCCUGCAGUCAGCAUGGAGCAACUCUCCAGCCCUGCCGCUCCCCAGGUACCCUCAGAACGGGUGGGGGGCCGGGCUUGGUAGCCCCCACUUGGGACCAGCCAUGCCGGGUGGGGGGUUGGUGGCACCUCUUCUAUGGCUGGAUUGGUGGGGACAAAGACGCACGGCACAGCAUGACAAGCCUGCCUGCCUUCCCCCACUGUCCCCAGCUGCUGGGGAAUGAUUGGGGUGGGGGGCAUUUGUGUAAGGUCACCUCCCUGCCAGGGCAGCUCUGGCCUCCUUAGAGAGCAAUCAGUGUGGCUUUGUUGUUGUAGGGUGGCAUGUAAACAUUGGCUCUGCUGCCAGCUCUGCCCAUGGUCUGUGCUGCUUUGUUAUGGUAGGGUCUCCUGGGGGCUGACGGGGGCACAGGGCCAACCGGCUGGUUCUGAUUGUCCCCCCCUCCUGCCUAGGCUGCCCCUUUGUUAUAGUAAGAUCUUUCAUCGUGAGGCUGGGCAUACCUAGACCCGUGUGGCAGGUGGGGCUGGCAGGACUCUCAGCAUCAGAGGAAGCUGGAGUGGGAUUUACACCUUGGGGACCAGGGGAGGGAGAGGAAGGGCACGGGGUUGCCUCAGCUCAGACAGUGAAGGGAGCACUGUGUGUUCUGGUAUCCCAUGCCCUGCACAUGGGAUCCUCCAGGAGUAGACAAGCUCUGUCCCAAUGGGGCCUAUACUGGCAGGGAGCUCUCUGGGGGCUGCAGCCUGGGUUGGGGUGAAGUGGGGGCAAGGUGGGUAGCUGCUGCUGACCCACCUGUCUCUGCAUGCCCCUGCAGAUGGUGCUGCUGGAUGCUGCUGCCCGCCCCAUGGAGGAAGGUGGGUAGCAGGCAGGGGGACAAGCAGCGUAUAUAUGGAUAGUAGGUGGGGCUGGCUCACUCAUGCAAUGAGUGCAUAAGCCCUUGGCCUGCUUGGGAAGCCCAUGUCACCCCACUCAACUCCUUCCAGGCUGAACAGCUGCUGUGCUCUGCACUGCCUCUGUCCCUGCAGAGUGGGGUAUGAGGGCUCUGCUGCACUGAGACCCAGCAGC